AUGUCGAAUUCUUUGAAAACAGCUUGCUUUGGAAACCUUAUGGACAGGCCUUCAGUCUGGCAGUUAUUGUACGAAAAUGGAAGAACAAUUGAAGGAGAACUACAGCUAUUCAUGAAGUUACUUAUGAAAUAUGACGUCAACAUUCAAAAGCAAUGUGACGAAAUAAGUGAAUCACAAGGUAUUAGUUUAGAGAUUGAAGACACUCAGGUACAUGGUCCGAACAUAAUUGUCCGAGUCAACAUGAAUGCUGUCUGCCCAGACUCACAGCUUGUCAGACCAAUCAGAAAUGUUUAUCCUGAUUCAAAGGGUCUGUGUAUGUGUAUGGAUAUGCCUUAUUCUACACCUCCUCCAAUCUCAAGAACUACAACACUCAUGGCAAAUACCUCCCUGCUAAAGACUACUGUGCCAACGCCUAACCUAAAAACAACAACUCUGAUUACAACAAGAAUUCAGAAUAUAUCUGCUUCAUCUCUUUCAACUGAUAAUCAUUCUUCAACAAUCCAUGCAGAAUUAACCACAGCAGCAACAACAUUCAGCAAGAAUGCAACAGCAGCAACAAAGACCUCGGCAUUAACAGUUCCAAGACUGACUACAAUUGCAAUAUUAACGACGAAUACUACAUCAGGAAAUAAAUCAUCAUCAGCAAUAACACCAACCUCAGCAGUGAAGAACACAUUAACAACACCAUCAUCAGUAAUUAACACCAUAAACUCGACAACGACCUCAUCAUCAGAAGUUUAUAAGCUAACAAGUAAAGCAUCGACAGAAGCUAUAGCAUCAACAGGGGCUGUUGUAUCAGCAAGCCCGACAUCAAGAGAGACUCUGAUAUCAGCAGAGGCACUAACGCCAACAAAUGUUCCAACUUCAGGAACGACUCCAGCGCCAACAGAGACAACCGCCUCAUCAGCAUCCUCAAAAUCGAUGGAAAUAGAAACAACGGCAAAUUCAUCAAAGGAAAUUCCAAGAUCAACGAAGUCUCCGGUGUCAACAACGAAUCCAAUAUCACACUCAUUCAUAGAAACUAGCGAAUUAACAAACACUUUUGUAUCACCGAUGAAAAAAACGCCAACAGUACCUAAAAUAUCAGUGAUAGCUCCAACACUUAGUAAGAAUCCAAUAACGGACAACACAGAACAUACAGAACCAGUGCCACCAACAGCACCAACAAAGACUCCAUCAUCAACAGAGACUCCAGAAGCAACAAAGUCUCCAGCAAUAACAAAGACUCCAUCACCAACAGAGCCUCCAUCCCCAACAGAGACUCUAGCACCAACAAAGACUCCAUCACCAACAGAGACUUCAUCACCAAAAGAGACUCUAGCACCAACAAAGACUCCAUCACCAACAGAAGACUCAAGCACCAAAGGAGUCUUCAUCAGCAACAGAGACUCCAUCAUCAACAAAGACUCCAUCAUCAUUAACAGAGACUCCCUCACCAACAAAGACUCCAAGACUCCAUCACCAACAGAGAUUCAAGCACCAACAAAGACUCAAGCACCAACAGAGACUUCAUCAUUAACAGAGACUCAAACACUCCAUCACCAACAGAGACUGACUCAUCACCAACAGAAGACUCAGUCCACCAACAGAGACUCCAUCACCAACAGAGACUCCAUCACCAAAGGAGACUCAAAGACUCCAUCACCAAGAGAGACUUCAUCAUCAACAGAGAGUCAAGUACCAACAGAGACUUCAUCAACAACAGAGAUACAAGCACAAAUAGAGACUCAAGCACCAACAGAGACUUCAUCAUUAACAGAGACUCAAAGACUUCAUCAUCAAAAGAGACUCAAGUACCAACAGAGACUCCAUCACCAACAGAGACUUCAUCAUCAAAAGAGACUCAAAGACUCUGACACCAACAGAGACUCUGACACAAACAGAGAUUCCAUCACCAAUAGAGACUCUGACACCAACAGAGACUCUGACACCACAGAGAGCACAGAGACUCUAGCACCAACAGAGACUCCAUCACCAAAAGAGACUCCAUCACCAACAAAGACUUCAUCAACAACAGAGACUCAAGCACCUACAGAGACUCCAUCAUCAACAGAGACUCAAGAUCAUCAGAACUCCAUCACCAACAGAGACUCUCAGAGACUCAUCACCAACAGAGACUCCAUCAUCAACAGAGACUCUGACACCAACAAAGACUCAAAGACUCAAGCACCAACAGAGACUCCAUCACCCACAGAGAUUCCAUCACCAACAGAGACUCAAGCACCAACAGAGGCUCCAUCAUUAACAGAGACUCCAUCACCAAAAGAGACUCGAUCACCAAAAGAGACUCCAUCACCAACAGAGAUUCCAGCACCAACAAAGACUCCAUCAUCAACAGAGACUCCAUCAUCAACAGAGACUCCAUCAUCAGCAAAGACUCCAUCACUAACAGAGACUCCAUCACCAACAGAGACUUCAUCAUCAAUAGAGAUUCCAAGACUCCAUUACAACAGAGACUCCACCAACAGAGACUCAUCACCAACAAGAGAUUCCAUCACCAACAGAGACUCAAUCACCAACAGAGGCUCCAUCAUUAACAGAAGACUCCAGCACCAAAAAGACUCAAUCAUCAACAGAGACUCCAUCACCAACAGAGACUCCAUCAUCAAGACUCCAUCACCAACAGAGAUCACCAACAGAGACAUCAACAGAGACUUCAUCACCAAACAGAGACUCCAUCACCAAAGAGACUUUCAUCAUCAACAGAGACUCCAAGAAUCAGACUCAUCACCAACAGAGACUCCAUCACCAACAGAGACUCCAUCACACACAGAGACUCAAUCAUCAACAGAGACUCCAUCAUCAACAGAGACUCCAUCACCAACAGAGACUUCAACUCAAGCACCAACAGAGACUCCAUCACCCACAGAGAUUCCAUCACCCACAGAGACUCAAGCACCAACAGAGGCUCCAUCAUUAACAGAGACUCCAUCACCAAAAGAGACUCGAUCACCAAAAGAGACUCCAUCACCAACAGAGAUUCCAACUCCAUCACCAACAGAGACUCUGCCACCAAUAGAGACUCUGACACCAACAGAAACUCUGACACCAUCAGAGACUCCAUCAACAACAGAGACUCCAUCAUCAACAGAGACUCUGACACCAACAGAGACUCUGACACCAAUCAGAGACUCCAUCAACAACAGAGACUCCAUCAUCAACAGAGACUCUGACAACAACAGAGACUCAAGCACCAACAGAGACUCCAUCAUCAACAGAGACUCAAACUCCAUCAACAACAGAGACUCUGACACCAACAGAGACUCCGUCACCAACACUCAUCCAACAGAGACUCCAGCACAACAGAGACUCCAUCAUCAACAGAGACUCAGACAGAAACUCUCAACAGAGACUCUGACACCAACAGAGACUCUGACACCAACAGAGACUCCAUCACCAACAGAGACUCCAUCAAUAACAGAGACUCCAAGACUCCAGCACCAACAGAGACUCAAGCACCAAAAGAGACCUCAUCACCAACAGAGACUCCAAGACUCACCCACAGAGACUCCAACAGAGACUCAAGCACCAACAGAGACUCCAUCAACCCACAAGAGGAUUCCAUCACCAACAGAGACUCAAGCACCAACAGAGAGACUCCAUUACCAACAGAGAUCACAACAGAAGAGAGACUCCAUCACCAACAGAGACUCCAUCAUCAACAGAGACUCUGACACCAACAAAGACUCAAAGACUCAAGCACCAACAGAGACUCCAUCACCCACAGAGAUUCCAUCACCAACAGAGACUCAAGCACCAACAGAGGCUCCAUCAUUAACAGAGACUCCAUCACCAAAGGAGACUCCAUCACAAAGGAGACUCCACACCACAGAGAAUCCGCACAACAAAGACUCAAUCAUCAACAGAGACUCCAUCACCAACAGAGACUCCAUCAUCAAGACUCCAUCACCACAGAGACUCCAUCAACCAAACAGCGACUCAUCAUCAACAGAGAGUCUGACCAAAGAGACUUCAUCAAUCAACAGAGACUCCAUCACCAAUAUGACUCCAAGACUCUGCACCAUAGAGACUCUGACACCAACAGAGACUCCAUCAUCAACAGAGACUCAAGUACCAACAGAGACUCAAGGACCAACAGAGACUCCAUCACCAACAGAGACCACACCAACAGAGACUCAAGCACAAGCAGAAGACUCCAUCAUCAACAGAGACUCUGAACACACAGAGGACUCUACACAUCAGAGACUCAUAACAACAGAGACUCCAUCAUCAACAGAGACUCUGACAACAACAGAGACUCAAGCACCAACAGAGACUCCAUCAUCAACAGAGACUCAAGUACCAACAGAGGACUUCACAACAGAGACUCCAUCACCAACAGGACUCAUCGAAGACUCAAGACCACAGAGACUCCAUCACCAAAACAGACUCCAUACAAACAACUCACACCAACAGAGACUCCGUCACCAACAGAGACUCCAUCAACAACAGAGACUCCAAGACUCCAUCAAACAACAGAGGACUCUGCACCACAGAGACUCUGACACCAACAGAGACUCCAUCAACAAGAGAGACUCCAGCACCAACAGAGACUCCAUCUCAAACAGAGCAUCACCAACAGAGACUCCAUCACAACAGAGACUCAUCAUCAACAGAGACUCUGACACAAUAGAGAGUCCUGACACCAACAGAGACUCACACCAACAGAAGCAUCCAAAGACUCACCAAAGAGACUCAUCACAACAGAGACUGUCCAGCACGCAAACAGAGACUCCAUCACAGACUCCAUCAUCAACAGAGACUCUAGUACCAACAGAGACACAAGCACCAACAGAGACUCCAUCACCAACAGAGAGUCCAGCACCAACAAAAACUCCAUCAGCAACAGACACUCCGUCACCAACAAAGACUCUAAAAUACAUUCCUGUACAUUCACGAGAUGUGAAAACACAGGCAGUUCCAAACCACACGGCAAGUUAA